AACGUAUUUUAAAAUAAAAUACUUCAAAAAUAGAGCAAACAUAGAUAUCCCCUCCUCUCCGUGAUUGCCAACCAUCCAAAAACUAAAAAUUGAAAUACACAGACCCACUACGCCUCCAAAAUAUAACCCCCUCUCUUCUCUCUCUUCAACCCCUUCUCUCUGAAAAAACCCUUUUGAAACUCAUACUCUCGCUCUAGAAAUGGAGUCUCUUGGCAACCCACCUUUUUUAUUGAUGGACGGUGACGAUAUUUUCAACUUUCCUCUUGAUGGUGAAGACGGGAUUGACCCUGGCCGUCGAUUUUCUGAACUGGAAUUUGCAGAGGAGGAACUUGAGUGGUUAUCGAACAAGGAUGCCUUCCCGGCUGUCGAGACUGGGCUAGACAUUUUUACGCCGCACCAGAAUCUGCAGAGCCCGAUAUCGGUUCUUGAGAACAGCAGUAGCAGCAGCAAUAGCAAUGGCAGUGGGACGAUGAGUUGUUGCGGGGCGCUUCCAGUUCCCAUUAGCUUCCCUGUGCACUACCCGGUUCGUGCGCGUAGCAAACGUAGACGGAGAAGACGAAGGGAGUUCCCUGAGUUUCCAGUUGCGGUGCAGCAGGCUGGUUGGUGGAACCAGGUUAAUGUCAGGAAUGUGAAGCAGGAUUUCCCCAAGGCGUUGCCGAUAACGGGGGGCUCUUCUAUUGGCAGGAGGUGCCAGCAUUGCCAAGCUGAGAAGACCCCGCAGUGGCGGGCUGGACCCAUGGGACCUAAAACUCUGUGUAAUGCUUGUGGGGUGAGGUACAAGUCGGGGAGGCUCGUGCCAGAGUAUCGUCCGGCUAAUAGUCCGACGUUUUCGAGUCAGGUGCAUUCGAAUUCUCACCGCAAGAUUAUGGAGAUGAGGAGGCAUACUCUUGGUGAUAACAUGAUGGUGAAAUGAGGCCUGUGCAUAUUAGGAUAGGGGUUGAGUAGUUCGAUUUGAUUUAAUUUUUAACUCCCUAUCUGCUUUAGCAUAGUUGGGUUAGGAAGUUAGGAUUUGUUGUAUUGCGCUAGACUGUUAUGGCUUAGUGAACCAUAAUUAUUUCCUUUUCUCGAAUUUUUGUUAGGGGAUUUUGAUUUUAGUGUGCGUGAGUAUGCAAUACAAUUAGCCGACAAGAAACCCUGGAGCAUGUAGUUUGGUUUUCCCCGUCUAUUAUACAUUUCAAUCAUUUUAUUGUGAUGAGGACCAAUUAUGGGAGUUUCUGAAUGAAGGAUGGAGGUUUUGCCAGA